UUACAGCAAAGCAAUCAAAACAAUAAAAGAGCAUAAAAUGAACUUCUUUAACACAUUCACUUUAAUGGCCCUAAUCUUGGCCAUAAUUUUGGGACAAACAAGAGCGGAUUGGGACACUUUUGAAGCUGAACUUGAAAAAAUUGGCAAGCAAGUAGAGGAAAUGGGCAAGGCAUUCGAAAAUUUUGACCAUCCAUUUUUUAAGGAAAACUAAAUUUCGAACUUUGAAAAUAUGUAAAAAUUAUUGUAAAUACUUUGUUUGCCGAUUAAAUAC